GCGCAAUUUGUAGCCAAUCCUAUGAGCAGAUUCUUGCGCUGUCUUAGUACCGCACUGCGCGGAGAUAGCUUUCCGUCUUUCCGGUAUUUGUGGACAUUAGAAGGACCACACGAAAGGCUUUUACAUACUGAGUCAUCAAUCAGAGAAGGAGAAGGAACAUCCAAAACAUCGUAUGCUUCGGCCACGGUAGACGACAUUGCCACACUCUUUGUUGCGAAACGAAAACGACUAUGGACAUCCGAAGAUGACAAUAAACUACUAGAGGGCUUAAAAUUAUGGGGUGAAGAUUGGACAAGAAUUCAACAAACAUUACCUCACCGUACGAAGCCGCAGAUUAAGCAGCGAUGGGUUCGCUCGUUGAAAACAGCGCGGAAGUACGGCAGAUGGGAUAGCGAAGAGGACACUGUCAUUCUCAACGAACUUCAAACAAAUACGCUUGACGCUUUCGCGGCUGCAUCGAAAAAACUCGAAGUACGUCACACUGGACAGAUCCAUAACCGGUAUAGAUAUCGGUGGAAGCCUGAGCUAGUGUCUGCGGUGAAUAACGAUGCAGAAGGUGCGAGGCCUGGAUCUAAGCAAGAAAAAUUAGUACAGGCCACCAAGAAAGCGAUAAAAGUGCUUUCUGAAACACCCAAUCAAAAAGGAACCUAUCGCCGUCUUACCCCUUUCACUGCAGAGGAGGAUGCCCGAUUGCGACGGGCCUAUUACGACUAUGGAAACAAAUGGCAUAUUAUAGUCCGUGACUUUCCGGGUAGAUCUGUGAAGGAGGUCUUCGCGCGUUGGUGGAGAGUUUUGUGCAUUCCGGAUGGAAUGAAGAAGAGAGCAUGGUCAAAUGAAGAAGAUGAACUCGUGUUGAAGGGCUAUGACCGCUACGUGCAAACAGGAAGGGUCUGGAUUCGUAUUUCGCAGGAUCUUCUCCCCAGGCGGACACCGGCGCAGAUUUGUGCACGAUGGAAAAAAAUAACUCCUACGCUGAGUCGAGGGAGAUGGUCUCAGGCGGAGCACGAGAAGUUUAUCAAGGGACUCGAGAAGUGGGGUGACAACUUUCCAAAAAUCAGGAGGGAGUUUCUUCCGAACCGCACUACUGAAGCCGUACGAACUCAUUAUUAUUCCUCCAUACAUCGAGUGAAGUACCCUGCAUUGUGGACCUCGGCUGACGACGCCCAAUUGCUGAACGCCAUAGAUGACCAUGGCCGGCACUGGGCCUUCAUUGCAAGGGAAUUCUUUCCCAAUCGAACAUCAAAAGAUUUACAUGAACGAUGGUUGAUCAUAGAACCACGGUUCAGGAAGGGAAAACUACCGUGGACCGCGCAAGAUGAUCAGGAAUUGAUAGAAUCUGUCGCCCAACUUGGGUUAAAAUAUACCGAGCUGGGGUUGCUGCUGCGACGGGCUCCUCACGCUAUCAGAAAACGUUGCGCGAAGUUGGCAAUUGAAAACAAGUUGACAUUGCCAACAACCUAAUCAAUACGCAUCCAGUUCAUGGGUCACAAUAACAGAGUAGUUACCACUCUUUUACUGUACCAAGACGGAUGACGAUUCAUGUAUGAUAAUAUGUACUGUCAUUGAGCAAAUAGUGCUCGUGUACUUUAAUUCAAUUUGUACCGAACUUUUUCACUUGACUGACGCAUCAAACAUGAUCGUAGUUGAAGUUGUACUAGAA